CUAAAUAAUCUCAAAGUUUGCACAAAAGGUACGAGAAGAUGGCCCCAAAACCCAUCUCACCUGACGAUUCAAGUUCUGACUCGUACAGCCUUUACUUCAAGGGUUUGAUAAGCUUUCAGCCAACAACGGGUUUAUUUGCGGGAUUUGGAGUUGCUAUUUGCAGAGAAGAGGAUGAUGGUAUCUUGUUUAAGAACAAGGGUUCACUUAAUUACUCCGGCAUUACAGGUUGGGAGGCUGAGCUUAUGGCACUGAAGCUAGGACUAGCCAAAGCCGUGAGUUUGAGGAUCAAUCAUAUCUCAAUUUAUUUUGAUGAUCCUGAGAUUUUUGAAUUGGUCAUGGGGAGAUCUGUGCCUAAGGAUGAGAAAAUCGCCUUGCUAAUGGAUGAUGUGCAACGCAUCAGACAACAAUUUAUAUCUAGCAUCCCUAUUCUUGUGGCUAGAAAUCAAACUGAUUUUGUCCAUAAACUUGCAAAGGAAACAAUAGUUUCUCGCCUCAUCAGACCUAUGCCUCGUACUGCUCAGAAGAAGACUUGUGGUAACUGCUUUGACGAUGUUAUCAAAGGUGAGAAGAUGUUUUCCGUUGCUUUAUGCCGUCAUCAAUUCUGUGUGGACUGCAUGAAACAACAUAUAGAAGUGAGUCUAAACGACGGAGGUGUACCAAGAUGUCCUCAUGAUGGCUGCACAUCAAACCUGAAUCUAAUAGCUUGUACCCAUCUUUUGACACCUAAACAAAGAGAGAUGUGGAAACAAAGGAUCAAAGAGGAGUCAAUUACUGUAUAUGACAGAUUUCAUUGCCCAAAUCCAAGUUGCUGGGCUUUGAUGUCGAAAACCGAGCUCAUUAAAUCUACUGACGAUGGAGUUAGGAGACACUGCUUUAAAUGCUGGAAACCCUUUUGCAUUAAUUGCAAAGUUCCGUGGCAUAGUAACUUGUCUUGCAAGGAAUACAAAAGAUCAGGUCAAAAGCCUACUACAACAGUGUGGCGUCAAUGUAGAAGUUGCCAACACAUGAUAAAACUAUCGUAAAACUCACCACUGUUACUUGCAGGUGUGGCUAUAAGUUUUGCUAUGCAUGUGGAGCCCAAUGGAAGCAUGGAGGUUGCUCUCAUCAUCACCAAGCGGUGAUGGAUUUGAUGGACGCUGCUAUAGUCUUCAUUGUCUUCAUUUUUCUUUUUUGCCUAGGUUUAUUAAUUAUUAAGCGCUAGAGGUUAUGGUUGUGGU